AUGGCGGUCCUGACCUGGGUAGGGACAACUCCUGUCAACUUAAACUACCUAACGUAUGAUAACGAGGAGGGCCAAUACCUGAGGUCGUUGUAUGAUGAACCGGGAGCGGCCGACCAGGCUUUACGGCGAGGACUGACCCGGACAACGUCGUGUUCGAGGUGGGCGACUGGCGCGCAGGGCUCGGCGCUGGUGCUGGCCGUCGCGCAGGCCUGGCGCACUGCUGUGGUGCUCGUGUCGCCGGAGCUGCAGAAGACGCACUUUAAGUUCAAGGUGGUGGCCAGCGACCUGCUCUUCGGCAACCAGAUCGGCCUCGUGACCACCGUGCAGGGCCGCAACAACGCCCGCCUCAUCUUCGCCGGCUCACUCGACCUCUUCAGCGACAAGUACAUGGACGACAAGCAGUUCGCCAACGCCGAGUUCGCCGACGCCGUGACCAAGUGGGGCUUCCAGGAGAGCGGCGUGCUGCGCAUGACCAACGUCAAGCAUUACCGCGAGGACGGCUCCCAGCCGGCCAAGAUGCUGAGCGACGCCAACCGCGGCGACCAGCCGAUCACGCUGUACCCGGACGCCGAGGUGGCUCGUGACUCGCUCGUGUACCGCGUGAAGGGCAACCUCACGUACUCGCUGGACCUGCACGAGCUCAAGGACGGCAAGUGGGUGCCCUACAAGACGGACGAUGUGCAGCUGGAGUUCGUCAUGCUGGCCCCUCACGCCCCCGACGUGUACGGCAUCUUCCUCUUCCGUGUGAUGUACCGCCGCCUCGGACUGUCGACGAUCUACACGACCACGCAGGUCUCGCUUCGCCCGUUCAAGCACGACGAGUACGAACGCUUCAUCCCGGCUGCGUACCCGUACUACGCCUCGGCUCUCCAUGUAGGCUUAUACUUGCACACCCUUACGCCAGUUGCUGCUUGA